AUGUUAACAAAUAAAUGGUUUAUUAUAUUAUUACAAUUGGUUAUACUCGUAUUUAAUAAUAAAAUUAAUGGUCAAACAUUAUCAACUGUAUCAUGCCAAACUGUUUUAAAUGAUUCUUUUGUCUAUUUAACUGCAUCACAUCCUACUACAGUUCGUUAUUUAACUAUUCAAGCAACAUUUAUAUUAGAAAAUAGAUAUGUUGCAUAUUAUAUUGGAUCUCUUACGUACGCUUCAUCAAUUGAUUCUUUAAAUGGUACAGUAACUGUAUCAUUUAGUGGUCGAACAUGGAUUCCAUCAUGUGGUAGUGGUAGUGGUUUAAUAUUUUGUCCAUCUCAAAAUUUCAAUUAUAAAAAUACUGAUAUACAAACAAUUUCAAUUAAUAGAUCAGGUUCUAUUCAAUACAUAUUAAAUAGUUGGGGUAAUGGAAAAUCAACCGAUCAAUUACAAUGUUAUGGUGUAAAUCAACCACUUUAUACAGCACCAACAUUACAAACAGCAUCUAUGUUUAUCAUGACAUUACAAAAACAAGAAUACACUAUACCAAAAUAA